UGGAAUUGAUUUGCAUUCUAUAAAGUCGAAUCCUGUUGUUCUCAAGAUUUCUUGGAACAGUCAUUUCAGGUGCAUGGUUGUGAAAUAAAAGAAAAUUGCGUACUAGCACGAUUAAAAAUCAAAACUUAUCAAGCUCAUGCGUACUCUCCAUGUUACAAAAUUAGACUUGUUUCUCAACAACGUCUUCCUUGGCCACUUUUCAUGAACAGCGCUUAAAUACCCGUACACCUCAUUCACCCUCACCUCCCCACACUUUUCUCAUAACCGGAUAAAACCGAUUCAUCAUCGUCAACAUCAUCCGCCGUCUUUCCUCCUCCAACCCGCACCACCCUCACUUCCCGCUUCUUGCCUGUAGCCCUCGUCACAAAAAAUAUAAUGACGGCUACCAGCACCGCCAGCCCUGCAACUGCACCCACCGCAAUGCCAACAAUGACUUGUGUCGGGACUGGCGAGACACCAUUGUUAUAUUCAGGUGCAAAUAAAGGUUGCGUAGCAGGCGAGCCAGUCAUGCUUGUCGCAAGUGCUGUCGUGGUGAGUUCGGCGGAGCGGGAGACCGAUAUCAGUGUUGACGAUACCGAAGCCAUGGCGUUGGGAAGCGCGGUAUACACUGCUUAUGUCACGCAGUAAUGCGUGAUGUAUUUGAUUAGAUGAAAGUGAAAAGAGAAGAGACCAAGGUGUAAUGUUGCUGUUGCAAU